AUGAUCAAUGAUCUUAAAACUAAGGACUUCAGGUUUCUCUUAGCUUAUCCAAAUGGUGCGGAUGAACAUCUUCGAGAACCAUCUAUGGCUGCAUGGGAGCUUCGUGAGCUGUUAAAUGGACAAGCACCUAGGUAUCAUCCUAACAUCCAGUUACAAGGAAGAAACUGA